AUGAAGUGUGAACCCCAGUUGCAAGAGCAACAUGCGGUGGAAAUCCUCCUUAAGAAUAUCCACAGCCCUAUUGCUUUUCUCCUGAAGGGUUUCACCAUUAAAACUUUUGAAAAACUUCUUAAUAAGGCUAGCAAUUUACAGGAAGAGGCUCAUAAAAUGCCAUUCCUACGAGAGCAGUCUGAAGACAAGAAAGUUACUAGAUUGGUUAAGACUUUUGAGAAAAAGGCAGUAGUGUCGGCAGCUGACAAGGGAAAAAGAUCAAUGGCUAAUUUUCAGCUGCCAGAGGCCAGGAGGCCUGAAGAUGAAAGUAAGAAAGAUGAUCCCAAGUAUUGCCCAUACCACCGGAUGCUUAGUCACCCUCUUGAAGACAGUGUUGUGUUCAAAGAUUGGCUUGAGAGGAACUACACCCAAGGUAAUAUCAUAAUUCCUAAGGAAUACUUGGUCGAUCUAGAGAAAGCUUACAUUAAAACCAUUUCAGCCCAGGCCCCGACGUGGAAGGUUGACCUUUAUGCUUCGCAGGAGGAUGUUGAGCCACUUUCCUCUCCGGCGAAGGGUCAGAAGAUGAAUAAAAAACAUCCUUCUGCUUCUGUCUUGACGAUUAACCAUGGAAAUGAAAUGCAAGUUGAUGUCUCUCAUGUUUUAAAUCAAAGUUCUGUUGAAGAAAGUCUUAAUAUCAAAGAAAUUGACCUUCUGAAUCAGUUAUUCAAGAAGAAGUUGAAUGUGAAGCUUUAUCAGAAAGGUCAGGCUAGAUACCAUGAAAAUAUUUGGCAAGCAAAAAUUAAGAAUAAUCCUACAAGUGGUAUCGGCUUUGGAACUGUUAGUUCAUUCGAUGACGAUGAGUAUUGCCUAAUGAUAACUUACCAUCUUGAAUCGCCAAAUGUCCCUACAGAUCCUUUCUAUGCUCUUGAUGGGCUCUAUUUGGAGACUUUAGAUGAUCCUGAUGACCUUCGAGUUCAGGAUGCACCCCUUGUCAAGAGCAAAGUCAAAGAGGCUCACCUGUAUGACUUAAGAGUUGUAUUUGAGCGAUUGCGUCGCUACGAUCUAAAAAUGAACCCCUUGAAGUGUGCCUUUGGCGUCACCUCAGGGAAAUUCUUAGGUUUCGUAGUGACGCAUCGCGGUAUUGAGAUUGACCCUGCUAAAAUUGAAGCCAUCUUAGAUAUGCCACCUUCUAAGAGCCUUACCCAGUUAAGGUCUCUACAAGGUAGAUUGGCGUAUAUAAGGAGGUUUAUUUCUAAUCUUUACGGGAGAUGUCUACCCUUUUCUGUCCUUGCGAAAAAAGACACUAAAUUCGUAUGGGACAAGAAGUGCCAAAAUGCUUUCGAUGACAUUAAACAAUACCUUUCUAACCCACCAGUUUUGGCAGCCCCAAUUUCGGGAAAGCCAUUAAUUCUCUACACUGCAGCCUUAGAUGAGUCUUUAGGUGCCCUGUUGGCUCAAGUCAAUGACGAAGAAAAGGAGAAAGCUCUGUAUUACCUUAGUCGAAGACUUCUUCCUACUGAAAUUCGAUAUCCGUCAACUGAAAAGCAUUAUCUUGCUUUAGUUUUUGCAACCCAGAAACUGAGGCACUACAUGCUCUCCCACUCAAUCAGUUUGAUUUCAAGAAUUACUUUCACUCGCCUUCGUGCUGUGAAAGGACAAGCCGUUGCCGAGUUUCUGGCAGCACACCCACUACCGGCAGAAUCUCCUCUGAACGAUGAUUUACCCGAUGAACAAAUCAUGAGUUUGAGGGAAUCUGACGAGGCCAUCUGGGAAUUGUAUAUUGAUGGAGUAGCAUCCUCUUGUAGGAAUGCGACAUAA